AUGUCGAGGGAGCUGGAGUCCAGUUGCCAUGAAGGGAACACCCUGGCACAUCAUUACUAUAUCCUGGGUACCCUAGAUCAAGGGUCCUUUGCCCAAGUCAAAGUGGCUGUCCACCUUAUGACCCAGACCAUGGUAGCCAUCAAGAUAUUGAAAAGGGGCCCAAGUAUAGACUUUCUAGUAAAGUCCGAGAUUGAUAUUAUGAAACGCUUACAUCACAGAAACAUAAUACAGCUUUUCCAGGUUAUAGAAAGAAGGUAUAAAACCUAUCUGGUGAUGGAAUACGCAUCCCGGGGAACUCUGAGGAAACACAUCAGCAAGUGUGGGCGUCUGGAUGAGGAAGAGGCACGCAGCAUAUUUAGGGAACUGUCUUUGGCCGUCCACUAUAUCCACAGUCAGAAUAUUGCCCACCGAGACAUCAAGGCUGAGAACAUCCUAUUGGAUAGGGAGGGGCAUGUGAAACUCAUUGACUUUGGCUUAAGCAAAAGACUGGCUGCUGGGGAAAAGUGUAAAGGCUUUUGUGGCACAGUACAAUAUUGUGCUCCUGAAGUCUUGGAUAAAAAGGAGUAUAAUGUCCUUGCAACCGACAUAUGGAGCAUGGGAAUCGUAUUAUAUUAUUUAGUCGUGGGCCACCUUCCCUUCACAGAGACAGUGCUCUCUGAGUUAAAGUAUGAAAUCCUAUACAGGAGCUGCUGGAUUCCAUAUCAUCUGUCACCAGAGAUUCAAGACCUAUUAAAGGGAUUAAUGACAAAAGACCCCACAAUGAGGCCAUCCAUAAAUGAAAUAUUGACACACCCAUGGCUGUGCCAUGAUCAAGACAAAUUGAGAUCCUCAGAGGAAAUUCCCAGAGACCCAGACCCAAACAUUGCAUUUGCAAUGUUUCAGAUGGGGUGCAAGAUUAAAGAACUCAGAGAUGCUUUAAGGGAACAGAAGUAUAGUCCAGCCAUGGCGACAUACUUGAUUAUAAAACAGAAGUCUAUCUGGCAGCCCCAGUUUUAUCAUGAUGGAGGCCAUGGUGGUUUACUGGACCCUACAAAAGCUGCCAACAUUAAUGUGACGUUGAGAAGGCUUUUGACAACACGCAAGAUGUGGCCAGUGAGAGUGCUGAGUCUACAGACAAAAGUAGCAGCUCAUCAUCUUGGGGGUCCACAACCAGGAGCCCCUUCCCCAGUGCAAAAUUCCAGGAAGAGAACAUAG